UUUUUCACAGGAAACGAAACCAAGCGCUUGAAUAACAAAGCGCGCCGUUUUCCCUCCACGCAAAAAACAUGGAGGAGCCUCACAUUCCUGUCAGCGUGAACCGCCUCUCCUGUCGGAUCUGCAGAAACCUUCUCAGGAAUCCUGCAACCAUCCCCUGCGGACACAACUUCUGCCUGGACUGCAUCGAGGGCCGCUGGGACGGGGAGCAGAGCGACCUCGGCUGCCCUGAAUGUGGGCAGAGGUUUCCCUCCAGACCCGGUCUGAUCAGGAACACGACUCUGGCCCAGAUGAUCGGAGACAUGGAGAGGAGCAGGAAGAGAAAAGAGGAGGCGGCAGCCGAGUGCCUGCCGAAGAGAGGCCGGAGCAGUGGGGACACACCGGGGAGCGCUUUGUGCUGGCGUCACGACAGCCCGCUGGAUUACUACUGCUCCACAGACGGGAAGAUCAUAUGUGCUGAGUGUGCUUUGGACAAACACAACGGGCACGUAGUCGCUUUGGUGAACGAAGAGCGGAGAAGGAAACAGGAGGAGCUGAGGGUCGUGCAGACCAAACUGAAGGAGACGCUUCAGGAGCAGCAGAAACAGCAGGAGAACUUGAAGAGGACGUUUGAUCAGACUGAGAGGCAAGCCGACAAAACCAAGGAUGACUGUGAAACGGCUAUAGUUAGAGUCAUUGAUGGCCUUCAGAGACAUUACCUGUCUGUGAGGAAGCUGAUUGAAGCGCAGGUAGAGGCAGCAGAAGCUCAGAUCUGCGCCUCGCUCCAGAGACUCGAGACGAAGAUAGAGGAGGUGAAGAAGAUGUGUUCUGAGCUGGAUCUGCUGGCGGAGAGCGACAACAGCGUGCUUUUUCUGCAGGAAUGGCCCAGUAUGCAGAGUGUCUGUGAAAAAGACCUUCUUCUUUCCUUCAGCGAGGCUCCAGAAGAUCCUCUCCUCCCCAUCGAAGUUACGAAGAGAGCUAUAGAUCAGCUGGGGAGGCAGCUGGAGGACUUCUGUGACCAACAAUUUGCCUCGAUCGCUCAAACUUGUAAUGUUGAUCAGGAUGAAUCAGUCGGAGAAAGAGGUGUGGAGGAUCAGCAGCAAAGAGGUGAAUCGAGCGUUGGUUUUAUUGGAGGCAACGUGAGCAAGAAGGUCGAGGAGCCGAUAACCAGAGACGACUUUCUGCAGUACGCUUGUGACCUCUCUCUGGACCCCACAACAGCUCAUAAGGACCUGAUCAUCUCCCCUGGAGACAAGGAGGUGAAGCUGUCCGACAUCAGAUGCCAAACGCCGGCCUCGCGUCACUCAGAGAGGUUCACCCAUCGGCACCAGGUGCUGUGCAGGGAGGGGCUGCAGGCCGAGCGCUGCUACUAUGAGGUGGAGGUGAGAGGAGACAAGGCGGAGAUUGCCCUCGCUUACAAAGGGAUGGAUAGGAGGAGCAGCCUGAGCAAGUCGGGCUUCGGGGCCAAUGCAAAAUCCUGGAGUCUGGAUCGCAACAAUUUCUACUCUGUGAGCCACAAAUCAGAGAGCGUCCAGCUCACGCAGCGGCCCAGUGCUAAAAAGAUUGGAGUGUAUCUUAAAUUCAAGGAGGGGACUCUGUCUUUCUACGAGGUGUCGGACAGCAUGAGGUUUCUGUACAAGGUGGAGGCCGAGUUCACGGAGCCGCUGUAUCCAGGAUUCUGGCUCGACGACAAAUGCUGCAUCAGGAUCUGUGACUUGAAACGACGGCAGCAGUAGACGUUUCCAGAUGUUCAGAUACGUCAGAUCAGACCGUGGUUUCUGCAGCAGCACAGCUUCCUGGGUUUGGUUUCUGUUGCUCAGAUGACUUUUAGCCACGGUAAAAUUCAAUGGACCCAAGGAAUGAGGAAACAGUGAAACAUUUCUAUGUUUUAGAAAGGUUCUGCCUUACUGUAAAACAAUGCACUGAAAGCAAUACCGCCACUGACUUUUGUCUUUUUCUUGUGUUUUAUGAAAACUUUUUGGUUCUGUUUUUUUUUUUUUUGUUUCCUGUAUGGCUUUGUUUGGUGCACAUCUGAAAUCAGCUGCAGAGUUACCUGAGUUACAUCUGAAUGGACCCUCAUCACAGGUGGACAAGUCUGAAUAAUUUCCUUCAGUAUCAAACUAAAAAAAACAACACAAACAAUAAUAUAUGCAUUUAAAGCAUUUACAUUGCCCACUUGCAGCUGUCCAGUACUAAUGAAGCACAUCCUAUCCGACAGAGAGUUUGUAUAGUAUGAGAGAAAAAAAUAAAAUCAUGGUUGUCUACGCUUGUA